UACAAGAGUCGACAGAUGGCGUAACGUCGCAUGAAAAUGUAAACAUUCCAGCUGGGAUGAGUUAGUGAGGAGUUGGUCGAAUUUUUACUAAGUUUCGUAGCGGAAGAAAAACAGCAAAAAUCUAAUAAUAACCUGCUUAAUAUUGUUAAUGUUUAAGACUUAUAAAGUAACUUAACACUUAUUAUAAUGGGUUCGGACGAUCCAGAUACGGAACAGGUGAUCCUGGCCACUGGUGGUUAUGAUCACACUAUUCGAUUUUGGCAAGCUCAUAGUGGACAAUGUCAGGGAAGUGUACAGCAUUCUGAUUCUCAAGUUAAUGCAUUAGAAAUUACACCUGACAGACAACUAUUAGCGGCUGCAAGUUACCAACACAUUCGAAUGUAUGAUAUUAAUUCUAAUAAUCCAAAUCCAGUUGUUAAUUACGAAGGUGUAUCAAAAAAUGUGACAUCAGUUGGAUUUCAGGAAGAGGGACGUUGGAUGUACACUGGGGGUGAAGACUGCAUGGCUAGAAUAUGGGAUUUACGUUCAAGAAAUCUUCAGUGUCAAAAGCUGUACAACACUCAUCAACCCAUCAAUGCUGCUUACCUUCAUCCCAACCAAAUAGAAGUUUACAUUGGUGAUCAAAGUGGAACAAUUCAUGUUUGGGAUUUGAGAAUGCAACAAAAUGAUCCGCAAUCUAAAUCAAUAUUUUAUAAAUCAACAGAAACAGAUGUAUCCAUACAAAACAUACACAUUGAUUCUGAAGGUAUAUAUGUGGCUGCUGUUGACAAUAAAGGUUACUGCUAUCUGUUUAGUGUUGCUACAACAGAAGAUGGAAAAACUCCUCAGCCAUUAAGACAGUUAAAACUUCAAGCCCAUAAGCGUUACGCAUUAAAAUGUAAAUUUAGUCCAGAUUCCACAUUGCUGGUAACUACAUCGGCAGAUUCCACAGGGAAAAUCUGGAGAACGGCCGAUUUACAAUUGCUGAUGAGCCAAAAAGAUACUUCAAGUCAAGAAAUAUUGAUACACAAUUGGAAAACCACUGAAGUGACUCCCAUGGUGGAAUUAAAAGACGUAAAUCAACGAUGGGUAUGGGACGUGGCAUUCAGUGCAGAUUCUCAGUACGCCAUUACGGCAUCUUCCGAUAAUCUGGCAAGAUUGUGGAGUGUAUCGACUGGAGAAAUGAAACGCGAGUAUAGCGGUCAUCAGAAAGCUUUAACUGCUUUAGCAUUCAGAGAUUAAUUAAUGAUGUUUAUUAAAAAACAUCGAAGAUUUAUGUAAAUAUAAUUAUAUAACGAAAUGUUAACAGCUUUUGGACGUAAUGUAUCUUAUAAGGCAUUAAGUCAAAGAUGUAUUUUGAUUGUUCAUAACUGCAAUUUCGUACAUUUUGGUAUGUAAAUCUAGAAUACGAAGUUUCGAAUAUUAAAAUAUACUAGAAAGUAUAAAUGAA